UUGAAAUAAACAUUAUGUUGCUGAUUUGCUUCCAUAAUCCUAAAUCAAAUUUGAUUUUGAUGCGUUAGAGAAAAAAAUCGAUUCCAUCUACGAUCCACUCCUUUUCGCUAAACUAUGCAACUUCGACUGGUAAUGCCUGGCUGUUUCCAAAAUGGAAGCGCACAGGUCUACACGUGAAGUGUUCACUGAGGCAGUACGAGCUGUAUUAGAAACAUGGCCUGUUUUACAGAUAGCCGUAGACAACGGUUUUGGAGGUGUGUACGGCCAAGAUAAGGCAGACUGGAUGGUGGAUGUGGUUCAACAAUAUUUCCAUGACAACGCUAAUCUUCAGCAGUAUGAGGUGGAGGACUUUAUUGCUGACCUGAUGAACAACGAGUUUGACACAGUGGUCGAUGAUGGCAGUUUACCACAGAUAGCUGAGAGUAUCUCCGAGCAGUUCCUGCGGUGUCAGCAGGGGAAGCUGUCAGAGGUCAGGGAGCAGACAGCAAAGCUAGUGAAGAGGAAGGUUAUCAAGAGGGCUACAGUCACGGCUGCUCCUACGCCUGGUGAGGAGGAAGGCAGUGAUGAAGAUGAGACAGAGGCGAUGGAGUGCGAGGGAGCGUUGUCAAGUUCGGUCACCCUAGCAACAGCUCCUGCCAGGAAGCCAGACCCCCCUGCCCCAGAGGAAGAGGAUGAUGGAUGGACGGUAGUACGCAAGAAGAAGUAAGGGAGGAGAACUGAGGAGGAAUGGUAGCAGCAAGGAAGAGAGCUGUAGAUGGGAAAUAGAUAUUGAAGACUUUAUCAGAGCUGACUACAACCAUCAGUGGACAUUCUAUUUAUAUCAACGGUUUCCACAACCAGUUGUUGCCAUCACAAUGUCUAUUGAUCCCCAUGUUGGGAGUCCAAGGGAUGGAUGCUGGGGAUUUUUGCUGUUUGCUACAGAAGGUUUAUAUGUAUUACUGGACCUCCUGAAGGGUAGAUGCUGUAAGAAGGACUUGCUCUUAGGAUCUGAGGGAUAAGAGUUUUAAUCUUAGCUGGUUAAGUGUCAGACCCAGGCCAGAUUGCAUCUGCAAUAGAAAAUGUCCCGGUGGUCACGUGUGGAAUAUUGUUUGCCUAUGUUGUUUUUAAAGGGUGAACAAAAAAACUGGCUAUUUCUUCUAUUUGGAAAAAUACAUCACUUUGAGCAAAUAUCUUUUUUUUUUUUUUUGGCACAUUUUGUAACUUACCAAAUUACAUAAAUUACUGAUGGAGAUGUUACAUUUACUGGACCAGUUUCUAAACCAUGACAUAGAAAGUAGCAGCAGCAGAAAAAUCUAAUUUAAAAGCCAUUUUCUGUGUAUGACAAUAAACACUUGUGCAUCCAGUUUUCAAAAAGGAUUUAUUUAUUUCAGAAGAACACAGGUUGUAAGAUCUCUGGGUUCAGUUCUUUCAUUCAUAUUCGCAUAUACUUUUAAUGUUCACAAAAUAUGCAUUCCACACAGUUUGGCGACAUGUAUAAAAAAAAGUGAAGGCAAUUAUAUUUUUUUGUAUUUUUUUUUUCCAUUUCACAUCUGGCAUAUCAAGGCACUAUUUUAACAUAUAUGUGACUGGGGGACAAGGUCGUACACUUAAACAAACUACAUAUACAGUAUCAUAUAAUACCUCAUUCUUUAUCUUUCCAUUUACACAGUUGUAAAGCUUCUUCAAUAAAUUAAAGAUUGGUAGACAUUAGCUUACUGCUACUUAUGUGCUUAAUAAGAGUAUGGAUACGAUACUUCCAUUUAUAUUAGCUACAGUA